CACUUUGCUGUUCCCGGGGUGCAUUGCAAGCCAAUCCAGCACCCGGUGGCCAGCAGACCGUCAACUCCGCCCUCUUAUCUCUGCAGAUUGUGACAGUUUUGGAAGAUAUAGGUCGAUGCGAUCAAGUAUAACCGUGUGCCAUCAGAGCCAUCAGGAUGCUCUCUGCAGCUGCUUCAGGCAAAGUUGGGUUCAAUAUGGGGAUGGGAGUGGGCAGGUGUGUGUCAGCCUGGUUAAGAGGGUCCCCCAAUGCCCUGAACAGAAGGAGGGACUGGGACCCCUCUCCCAGGUACAGCACCACAGCAGCCAAAUCCAGCACCCCGUCCUUCAACUAUGUCAUCGUGGGCGCUGGCUCGGCGGGCUGCGUCCUGGCCAACCGUCUCACUGAGGAUCCCCAGGAGUCGGUGCUCCUGCUGGAGGCCGGCCCUAAGGACAGGACCCUGGGCAACGUCCGUCUCUCCUGGAAGAUCCACAUGCCGGCCGCCCUCACCUACAACCUGUGUGAUGACAAGGUCAACUGGUUCUACCACACCCUGCCCCAGGAGCACGUGAACAACCGGGUGAUGUACUGGCCCCGUGGCAGGGUGUGGGGUGGCUCCUCCUCUCUCAACGCCAUGGUGUACAUCCGGGGCCACGGUGAGGACUACAACCGCUGGCAGAGGGAGGGGGCGGAGGGCUGGGACUACGACCACUGCCUGCCCUACUUCCGCAAGGCCCAGUGCCACGAGCUGGGAGGCGACCGCUACCGGGGAGGCAGCGGGCCCCUGCACGUGACCCGGGGGAAGACGAACCACCCUCUACACCGGGCCUUCAUAGAGGCUGGCCAGCAGGCUGGGUACCCCUUCACUAACGACAUGAACGGCUUUCAGCAGGAGGGCUUGGGCUGGAUGGACAUGACCAUCUAUGAAGGUAAGAGGUGGAGCACAGCCAGUGCGUACUUGCGACCGGUCCUUACCCGAGCCAACCUGAGGACAGAGGUGCAAUGUCUGACCACCAGGAUCCUGUUUGAUGGGAGGAGAGCUGUGGGCGUGGAGUACACUCAGAACGGGGAGAAGAAGCAGGUUUUUGCUGAAAAGGAGGUAAUUCUCAGUGGUGGGGCCAUCAACUCCCCACAGCUUCUCAUGCUGUCCGGGGUGGGCAACGCUGAUGACCUGAAACAGCUAGACAUCCCUGUGGUCCAGCAUCUACCAGGAGUGGGCAGUAAUCUUCAGGACCACCUGGAGCUGUAUGUUCAGCAGCAGUGCUCUCAGCCCAUCACCCUAUACAAGGCCCAGAAGCCUUUCCACAUGGUCAAGAUUGGCCUGGAGUGGCUCCUCCAAUAUACAGGAUACGGGGCCACGGCCCACCUGGAGAGCGGGGGCUUCAUCCGGAGCAGAGGGGGCGUGGCCCACCCCGACAUCCAGUUCCACUUCCUGCCCUCGCAGGUCAUCGACCACGGCCGCGUCGCCUCCAAGAUAGAAGCUUACCAGGUUCACGUGGGACCAAUGAGAAGUACUAGUAUUGGAUGGUUAAAGCUGAAGAGCGCCAGCCCUCUAGAUCACCCAAUCAUCCAGCCCAACUACCUCUCAACAGACACUGAUGUAUUGGAGUUCAGGGAGUGUGUCAAGCUUUCUCGGGAGAUCUUUGCCCAGAAGGCCUUCGACCCAUUCCGGGGGCCCGAGGUACAGCCAGGGCCUGAGUGUCAGUCAGACGCCGAGAUUGAUGCGUUUGUGCGUCACAAGGCAGACAGCGCCUACCAUCCGUCCUGCACGUGUAAGAUGGGUUCUCCAUCUGACCCAAUGGCGGUGGUGGACCCAGAGACGCGCGUGCUGGGCCUCGAGGGCCUCCGUGUGGUCGACGCCUCCAUCAUGCCCAGCGUCGUCAGUGGCAACCUCAACGCCCCCACCAUUAUGAUCGCGGAGAAGGCUGCUGACAUCAUCAGAGGGCGACCGGCGCUCGGCGACCCCGGGGUGCCUGUGUACCAGCCUGGAUCUCUAGAGACCCAGCGAUGAGCUUCACACAGAAGCGUCACCAUCUCCUAAGGGCCUGAACAGCCAGAGGUGGAUGCUAGUUAUUCAUGUACACAUCCGUCGGUCUUUACCGUCAAAGUUUCUCUUUUGUUUUUUAAACGAUUUGAUAUAUGUAAAGAAAAACAGUAGCGUAAAAAGUACAUAUAAGCCUUCCAUUAUCUAACCCGUCCAUUGGUGUAAAAUUCUGGUAGAGCUUGUACCUUCAAGGGUCUCAGUGGCAGCUGCUUUUUUUGUUUGAUAUUUAAUACUCCGCAUCAUGAAGAUGUAGUAGACUCCCUUGGUAGUCAAUAAAGUGCCACGGCAUGCUAACCAGCAGAAACUACAACCCCGAGAAUCACUUUGGAUUGCAGUGUUUCCUACUUUCCUGAUAAUGCAGUUUUCUGUCCAACCUCUCUCUUCAUUUACAAUGAGAGCUGGGACGUCCGUUUAACUGCACUGUUGACAUUUCGUAUGAAUAAUAAAUGAAGUAAAUAAUUCAAUUUCUAUGUGGUAAACAUUUAGAUGAAUUCAGAAACAUUAAUCAACCUUUGAAAGACUAACUCAUUGCCCAGUGAGUUUCUGAUGUGAUUUGAUCAAGAUCUCUGGUUAUUAAUUCUUACAUUUAUGUUUACAAUUAUAUGAAGAUGAUUUAUAUGAAGGAUUUAAGCUUUUGAUAGUCGCCUGAGUUGCCUUGCCAAUCAUGAAAGUGUCUUUGACGUAUGUUGUCUUGAUUUGAAGUGCCUGAAAUGAAGUAUGUUUGGUAUGAUACAUUUUAUGGUAAUCUAUUGAUUAUUAUAAACUGGGUGGUUCGAGCCCUGAAAGCAAAUUGGCUGACAGCCGUGGUAUAUCAGACCGUAUACCACAGGUAUGACAAAACAUUUAUUUGUACUGCUCUAAUUACGUUCAUAGCCAGUUUAUAAUAGCAAUAAGGGACCUCUGGGGUUUGUGUUUUAUGGCCAAUAUGCCACGGCUAAAGGCUGUGUCCAGGUACACCACGUUGCGUCAUGCAUAAGAACAUCCCUUAGCCGUGGUAUAUUGGCCACAUACCACACCCCCUUGUGCCUUAUCGCUUAAUUUGAGCAGAGCUGCAAUAAUAUGUUACAGUAGUAUUCUCAUACGCUUGCAUAGUAUUAACCCUUAUGUUCAUGCUAGCCUUAACAAUGUGACUUCUAAGUCCACAGUUCCACCUCCAACAUCGUCAAAGCAACCACUUUGCGGAUGUCGGGUAAAGUGGAUCUGAUUGAGUGGAGCCGUUGAGCUGAUUGACUCUAAGCCUUUACACGAACACUUUGCACACCGAUUUUAGCGCAGACUCAAGAACCGCUGUGAUUGUGAAAAUAAUAUUCUUUAGAAAUCUUUGUAAGAUUUGAUUCUUUUUCAAAUUCCUGCCGGCUGAGUACGUAGAGCACAGAUGCUGUCCUCUGGAGGCAUUCAGUGCCAUGGAGUUUAUUCAGUUGUGAACAUUACAAAAUCAUCAGCAGUCCAUUGUAUUUCCAGGCAAAUAUUCAAGAGACUAACGUGAAUGUAAAAAAAAAUAAUAAUUAAAUGUUAAACUACAUUUUUAGGUAAAACUAAUUUGCUACUAAGUGGAAUUAGCUGUAAUGUUAGCGGAUAGAAAUCCUCAAGUACAGUGAAUCAUUUUAACCUUCAUUUACACAUUCUGUACAGGGUUUAACAUUACCAUCAACAUUUCAAUGCAUCUUUAAAACAGAAGUAGUCUGAAAAAAUAAAGCUGUGAAUUGCACAAAUUGUAUAACAAACCUU